GACGUUCUAAAUGCGAUUUGUUCAGUUUUUAAGGAACGAAGGCAUAAGUGUGGGGGUGGAGUUAAGGGAUGGUGGGGAUAUCGUAGAUUUACAUGCAGGGGAUUCAAAAAUCCCCUCAGAUUUACGAAGUUUUAUAGAAGGAGGAGAGGAAAACAUAAGAUCCGCCCAAAACUUGGUUGACAAAAGAAAAUGUGUUCUUGCACGAGAUUCUGUAAAGAUAGUGGCACCGAUUUCUAACCCAGAGAAGGUCCUGUGUGUUGGGAUGAAUUACCGGGAUCACUGCGAGGAACAGAACGCCCCCGUCCCCGCGGAACCCGUGGUUUUCAAUAAGUUUCCAUCCAGUAUCAUAGGACCGACAGAUAAUUUAGAAUAUCCUAGAGAAACACAGAAACUAGACUGGGAAGCGGAACUAGCAUUUGUUAUCGGAAAAGAAGCCCGACAUGUCAAGGAAAGUAGUGCUAUGGAACAUAUCUUUGGUUUCACGGUAGCACUCGAUGCUUCUGCCCGAGAUUGGCAGAUUGGAAAAAAUGGCGGACAAGUGCUGCUUGGUAAAGCCAUGGAUGGGUUUUGUCCCUUGGGUCCCGCCAUAGUUACAAAAGAUGAAAUAGGCGAUCCUCAUAAUCUUGGGAUAAGAUGCAAAGUAAACGGAAUAAUCAAACAGAAUAGCAACACAAAUCAACUUGUACACAAGUCAGCUGCAAUAAUCGCACAUAUUUCAAGAUUCAUCACGCUGAAGCCUGGAGAUGUUGUGUUGACAGGAACGCCCCCUGGUGUGGGUUUUACUAGAAAUCCCCCAGAAUUCCUAAAGAGAGGCGAUAUUGUGCAAUGUGAUAUUGAUGGUAUUGGGAACAUAUCCAACAGAGUGGUAUGAGUUGAUCCUACCCAGCUGUGUUACAAAUGAAGAUCUGCGUCGAAUUGUCCUCAUUAUACUGCUUAAUAAAUAUUUAUUGCCUGA